CCCGUAAACAUCAGUCAGUCGCGCUCCAGUUCGGUUUGCUGUUUGUAGUUUUCGUGUAAUUCGUGUUUUUGAAGCAUAUUUUGUCAAUAUUACUUAUUGGGAUUGUUUUGUGACCAAAGUGAACUGUUUAAAGGUGGACAGAGAAUAAAAUUCGCAAAUGGAUUAAGUUAUGCCCAUUCCUACGGCCGGCAUCGUACUAGAAGAAAGCUUCGAGCCUGACAUGGCAUUCAUACAACGCAGCAACGUGAGGGAGAUCACUCAGGACAUCAUUCAGAACACGAGAGUAACCAGCAGACAGAUAUCCAUGUCGCCCGGAGGUCGCGACCGUCUGAUGUCGACGUCAUCCACGGACGAGAACGAGUCGGGCACGGACGGCGAGGCGGACCGCUCGCGACACAACUUGUCGCACGGCCUGAUAGCUGCGCCACCGAACAUAAUUAUCCGCAAGCGACGCGGCAACCUGCCCAAGCACUCGGUGAAGAUCCUCAAGCGAUGGUUGUACGAGCACCGCUACAACGCUUACCCCAGUGACGCGGAGAAACUCACUCUCAGUCAGGAGGCGAAUCUUACUGUGUUGCAGGUAUGCAACUGGUUCAUCAACGCGCGGCGGCGCAUCCUGCCCGAGAUGAUCCGACGCGAGGGCCACGACCCGCUCCACUACACCAUCUCGCGGCGCGGCCGCAAGCAGCUGGCGGGCGACGCGUCCGGCAGCGGCGUCGUGCUCGCCGCCUGGGAUGGCGCAGACCCCGAGGAUCCGGAAGGCGGCGGGCAGGAGGCGGAGUACGGCGAGGGUCUGCUAGUCUACCGCAGCGACGCGGACCUCCCCGACGGCGAGGAGGACUACUCGUCGAGCGCACUCAGCGAAGAGGAUGUCAAGUAUGACCCCUCUGUGUGGCAAUCCGUUAUCAGAUAUGGGCCCGAAGAUAUCAGUCCUGCUAGAGGGACGGCGGCUGUGGUGACGGUGCGCACGUCGGAGGAGGAGGGCGGCGACGGGGCGGGGGGGUGGCACCCGCAGCUCGCGCACCUGCCGCAGCUGCCGCACCCGCUGCGCCGACAGAAGGGUGGUGAGGGGGAGAAGGAUCAGUUUAAGUGCCUGUACCUGCUGGUGGAGACCGCCGUCGCCGUCCGCCAGCGGGAGAAGGAGGGCGAGGAGGUCGCCGUCUAGUGACACCACAGCGCACAGAGAGAGAAAUAUUGGAGAAAAUCGAGAGUUUGGAUCGCUUUUGGAAAGGAAUUGCAUGUUAGGGCUUGGUCAAGCCACUAAAGGUCUUUAGGUACCACGGAAAGUCCUAGACUAGAAUCUAGGCAAAUUCUAGGUCUGUUUGCACAGGUCUUAUGAUAACUUAGUGAUUGAGGUACAGAAGUUUUACUUUGAAAUGACUUUAAAAUGUUUGUUCCUAACACAAAGUACUUUAAGGGUUAACAAUCAAGUUUUUUUUAUAACUUUAAUAUUAACUCCAUUUUCGUCUCUUAAAGGCAUUUAUAUCUAUGUCACUAUAGAAAUAGUUUAGAAAUACAAAUUUUUAAAAAGUGUUGCUGUCGUGUUUCUAUCACGAACAUGUUGAAGCCUAAAAGGUAGAUACUAGCACCAGUGGAACUGUCAAUGGAACUCUACCUGGGCCUUUAGUCAAGUUGUAUUCGGUUCAAUAGUGAAGUUCAAAAUUUGAAAUUGUGACGGCAUAGUGUUACGCUAAGUAACAUGCCGCUUACGAUAAAUUAUCUCAAUUCGAUAGGAGAUAACUAACAGUUCAUAAUAAUGUUGCAAUAAUUCUAAAAAGUUUUUAGUAUUUUCUAAACUGUUGCUAUACUGACAUCGAUACGUUUUUACUGAAAAAUUAGACGCUACAAGUAACAUAAUGCUGCCCUAUUAAUACUAGUUACUAUGCACACUAAUCUUUAAAAUAUAUUCUAUUUCUACCGAAUGUAGUGAUAGGAACGAUAUUUUCUUGAUUUAAUGUAGUUUUGAUGUAGAACAUGUAUAUAUAUUAUUUCGGUUGUAGUUUAUAACUCUUUUAAAUUGUAAGACGGUGUACAUUAAAACUGAUUUCUUAAUGUUCCUCGUCAACCGUCAUUUUUCUGUCAAAAAAUGACGGUUUUUGAUACCAUUAUGAAUAUAACUUUACCUUGGCGUAUCAUCAAACAUAAUGAAGUUAUCAAGUUUGUGACACAAUUAAGCUAUUAGUAAAUGCAUACUUAGUAUUUUAAGUUUUAUCAAAAUCGGACUCGUCAUUUCUGAUUUUAAAAUAUAUCAUAAGUUCUUACAAAAUUCAACCCUACAUACAUUAUGAUAAUUGAUAUCAUAAUUAAAAUAUGAUUUGAAUUUGUUACGGGUUGAUUUAGUAUAUCCCUUUAAUCAAUGGUACUCCUGAGAUCAUAUGGAAAGGGUUUUUAUUUAUUUCGAACCGCAUAGACCCAUUUUAUAA